AUGCCAGGCAGCAUGGAUAUAAACGGUCAGGAGAACGUGACGGGAGAAGACGCGGGCGUGUCCUCGUUCUGGAACUGCUGUACGUCGCUGGACGUGCCGGACGACGGCGCUCUGUUAGAAGGUCUGGAGGACAGCACUAAGCUGGUCUGCGUUCAGGUCAUCCUCAUUUUAGCCUACAGCACCAUCAUCGUGUCCGGGGUGACCGGAAACUCUCUGGUCAUCUUCGUGGUGUACAAGUUCCGCAACCUGCGGACGGUCACCAACUUUUUCAUCGCUAAUCUGGCGGUGGCGGACCUGCUGGUGAACGCGCUGUGUUUGCCGUUCACGCUGAUGUCGACGCUGUACGGCGAGUGGAAGUUCGGGCAGGCGAUGUGCUACCUGCUGCCGUACGCUCAGGGCCUGGCGGUCCACGUCUCCACCAUUACGCUAAACGUGAUAGCGCUGGAUCGCUACCGCAGCAUCGUACAUCACACCGAAUCCAAGAUGUCCAAAGAUGUCUCCGCGGUGGUCGUCGCCAUCACGUGGUUGACCAGCGCCGUCCUGGCGAGUCCGUUAGCGAUCUUCCGCGAGUACGUGGUGUUCGACCUGACGCCGGAGCACAGCAUCCAGGGCUGCGUUGAGAAGUGGCCCGGCAGCAGCGCGGACGGCACGGUGUACAGCGUGGCUACGUUCCUCCUGCAGUACGGGCUUCCUCUCUCCGUCAUCUCGUUCGCCUACGCCGGGAUCUGGAGCAAGCUCAGGAAGCACGUCAGCCCCGGCGGGGGUCGCAGCGAGCGGCACAAGCGCCGCCGGAAGACCACGAAGAUGCUGGCGGCGGUGGUGGUGGUGUUCGCUGUCAGCUGGCUGCCGUUCCACGCCUUCCAGCUGGCCGUGGAUAUCGACAGCAGCGUCCUGGACAUGAAGGACUUCAAGCUGCUCUACACUGCGUUCCACAUCGUGGCCAUGUGCUCCACCUUCGUCAACCCCAUCCUCUACGGCUGGAUGAAUCGGAACUACCGGGCGGCGUUUGCGGCCGUCUUUAAGUGCGCGCCCGUCGAGGGCUGGUUGAGGAGGGUGAACAGCAAUAACGCGGCGCGGGAAAAAACGGUACGGCAUCAGUGUGCCAUUCCAGCGCUGACGCAGGCCAGCACGAACCUCUAA